AUGGCAGCUCCCCAUGCCGUCAAAUCAGUCAUGUCCCUCAACUCACUCUUUGCAAUGCAGAAAAUAAAAAACAUGUAUCUUCAUUAUCAGUGCGGAGCAAGCGCUCAACAGGGUCUUACUGGAAACACAGCAUGUAAAUGUGCCCAUGGGAGACUAGGAGAUCAAGGAACAAGAGGUCCCAAGGGAGUUUGUGGUAAGCAGGGAAAUUAUGGAAACACUGGAGAGUAUGGUCCAAAAGGUUUAGUGGGCACUAAGGGUGAAAAAGGAAUGAGAGGGUUACAUGGUGAAUGGGGUGAUCAAGAUCCUCCAGGUCUCAAAGGAUUAUCAGGAGCAGAGGGCUUCAAGGGAGUAUCUGGAACACCCGGAAACAGAGGAGAACCUGGAGCAAAAGGAGAAAAGGGAGAACCGGGGCUUGUGGGAAUCAUGGGAUUCCAAGGAGUGAAGGGUGAUGAAGGCUUCUCUGGGGCUGAUGGUUUACCAGGCCAAGAAGGACCUAGGGGCCUCGUUGGUGUUCCAGGGGAUUUUGGUCCACCCGGACCAAAAGGAGCUACAGGUUUUACCGGACCCCAAGGAAGGAAAGGUACAUCUGGUCCAAAGGGAAUACGUGGAGAUCCUGGAUUGCCUGGGCAAGAGGGGGAUCCUGGUAUAGAGGUGCACCCAAACUGGAAUUCUAGUAACCCAGGCUGCUGAAGGAGUUACCAAGAGAACUGUGUGAGGUCCAGUCUAGGCUGGUUCAGAGGUUCAUUUUCUAUAAGUUUUCCCAAGCACCUGAUCACCGGGCUGCACCUCACACGUGUCCUCUUCGCUGGCCUUUGGGUCUGGUUCAGUUCGGGGGUCCCGUGAGACACACUGAGAUAAUUUGCAAUAUUCAGCAAGCUGGUCACCCAUGACAUACAAUUCUCCCCCAUGCACAGAUUUCCUGGGGGCCUCAUCGACCACCCUGUCAGCAUUUCAAAAGGAGAUAAGUAAUGUGGAUUAGUAGGACUGGCUCUCAUAGACACGAGAACCACUUAUAGGUUGGUGACCCAGU